GCUUCUUUCCCCGUCCGCCAUGGGAGCCGAGCCGCCCCGCCUGGCCCGCCAGCUGUUCCUGCGGGGCUUGGCCGCCGUCUACGUCGCCGCCUUCGCCUCGCUCUACGUCCAGAUCCCCGGCCUCUACGGGAAGGAUGGCAUCCUGCCCGCCCGGAAGGUGCUACGCUUCAGCGGCAAGGGCUUCUGGGAGCAGCUGCGCGAUUCGCCCACCCUGCUGUGGCUGGGGCCCCGGCUGGGGCUGGACACGGAGCAGGGCCUGGAGCUUCUCUGUCUGCUGGGGACGCUGGUCUCCUUCGGGGCCCUGAUCCUGGAGCCUCUGCGAGACAGCCUGGUCUUCCUGGCCCUUUGGGCUUUCUACCUCUCCGUUUAUCAGGUUGGACAGGUCUUCCUGUAUUUCCAGUGGGACAGCCUCUUGCUGGAGACGGGCUUCCUGGCGGUGCUGGUGGCCCCGCUGCACCUGCUCAAGUGGCGCGCGACGGCCUGGCGGCCGCACGACACUGUAACCUUCUGGCUGUUGCGCUGGCUGCUCUUCCGCCUCAUGUUCGCCUCGGGGGUGGUGAAGCUGACCAGCCGCUGCCCCACCUGGUGGGGGCUCACAGCUUUAACCUACCACUACGAGACCCAGUGCAUCCCGACGCCGGCCUCGUGGUUCGUCCACCAGCUGCCCGUCUGGUUCCAGAAGUUCAGCGUGGUGGCCACUUACGUCAUCGAGAUAGCCAUCCCGGCGCUCUUCUUUGCUCCUCUGCGACGCCUUCGCCUAUUUGCCUUCUACACCCAGGUCCUCCUGCAGCUGCUCAUCAUCGCCACGGGCAACUACAACUUCUUCAACCUGCUCACCAUCGUGCUGAGCUUCUCCCUGCUGGACGACGAACACUUGGGGAUGUGGCUGGGCCACGGCCGGAAGAAAACGGCUACCGCUUGGCCGCCCAGCUUGGCGUCCGUCAUGACUGUGCUCUCCGAAAUGGGCGCCUAUGGCUUGCUGGUCUACUGGACGGUUCUUUACUUCGACCUGAAGAUCAGCUGGGAGAAGAAGUUGAUUGAGUCCAAGGCAGCUUUCACCUACCACGAGUUCAUGCUGUGGUUGAGGAUGGUGACUCUUCCUCUGGUGGCCAUUGGGCUUGCCUCUCUGGUCUGGGAGAUCCUUCAGGCUGGCUACAGGAGCGCUUGCACCCGGGGCUUUUUCUGGAAGCUCUGGAGCGCCACCCAGUGGGCCAUCUUCGCCACUGCGGCUCUCGGGAUGUUUACCAUCAGCCUGGUCCCCUUCACUUACAUUGAGUACGAGUCCAAUGGGAAACUCUGGCCCAGUGUCCACCAGCUCUUCAGCGCUGUCGACCGCUACCAGCUCGCCAACUCCUACGGCCUCUUCCGGCGGAUGACGGGGGUCGGCGGGCGUCCCGAGGUGGUGCUGGAAGGCAGCUACGACAAGGAGAAGUGGACGGAGAUUGAGUUCAUGUACAAGCCGGGCAAUGUCAGCGCUGCCCCCCCUCUCGUGACCCCGCACCAGCCGCGCCUCGACUGGCAGAUGUGGUUUGCCGCCCUGGCCCCCCAAGCGCACAGCCCCUGGUUCACGGGCUUCGUCUACCGCCUCCUACAGGGCAAGAAAGAAGUGAUCCAUCUCGUGCAGGUAGAUGACUCCAAAUACCCGUUCAGCUCCAAACCCCCAACCUAUAUCCGGGCUCAGUUGUACAAAUACUGGUUCACGGAAGCCGGCCAGGAUUGGUCCGUCCCUCAGCGGUGGUGGAGGCGGCAGUGGCAGGAGGAAUUCUACCCGGCCGUCUUCCUUGGCGAUCCCGUCCUGGACGGCCUCUUGGUCCAACAUGGGCUUAAGGACAAGGCCUCGCCGAAGAGGGCCUCGGGUGGCCCGCUACCAACGGCCCUGCAGCGAGUUCGAGAGUACCUCCACCCGUACAGCGGUCCGGCCGUCAUCUGGUCCCUGUACCUCACGGGGGCCGCCAUUUGCCUCCUGAGAGCGGCGGGGGGCUGGCUGCUGGCAGGGGGAGCCCCCAGCGGGCCUGCGAAGCCCAAGGGCGGCAAGCGGGCGGAAGUGGACACGGGGGCAGGAGGAGACCAGGCGGGCGCCAGCGAGAAGAACGGGCAAGUGAGGAAGAAGGAGGCGGCGGCAGCGGAGAAGUCCAGGGGCCUGGCCGAGCCCCCCGCAGACGGACCCCGCAAUGUCAAGAAGAAGAAAUAAUAGGUGCCGUUCCUGCGCCCCCCCCACAUCCCACCUUCCAGGGGCUGACAGAUGCUCCCACCGGGCCCUGCCCCUUUCGGCCAGAAACGCCCACAGAUUUUGGGGCGGGGGUCUCUCUUGGCCCUUGUUCCAAGACCCUCGCUCCCCGCUUCUCCUUCCGUUGGGUGGGCUCUGCUUCACAUACACAGGGCUUUUGGGGUCUGGGGGCCCGUGGAACAUUUCCCCUUCCCUUGCACCCCAAAGCUUUCCCCCAGAUGCCGUCGGCCGAGUGGAGGAGGCCCCCCCCCCAGGCCCUUCCCAAGGAAAGGACGAGGCUGUUCAAGGCUAAAACGAAAGGUCUCUUUGGCCCCUAAAACACCUCUGCAACCCCCCCCCCAAACCCUCUUUUUAUUUGACGCUGCAUUUGGAAUGCGGCUUCAUUCUUGGGGCUCUUCCUGCUCCUCACGAGGAGCUGGAUGCCUGAAAACGGGGUGCGGGGGGGAGUAUGUCUCUUCCCCCCCCCCAUAUCUUCAUUUUUAGAUUAAAAAACACUCUCUCCUCUGGAUUUUUGGCUCUGCUACUGGAGCUGGAAUCAGGUGCAAAACUCUGCUGGUCUUUGGGUGUGGGGGGGAUUUACAAGGGAGCCCCCCCCAGGAAAAAACCCUUUCUCUCCUGCUCUUUGCUGAGCGCUGUUGUGGGUGGGGGUGUCCCCCCUCC